AACUUUUUUUCUUCUCGAUCUCUUUUCCUUACCUGCAGGUCUCGGCCAUUUACCUUCUCUUCUUUCCUAAAGGUCCUAUCUCACUCGUCUUUUUGUUUGGUUACAGUGGUUAGAGUUUUAGCUGACUGAACAGUACUUCUCCUAAUUUAAUUGUGUCUAUUACUGUAUACGAAACCCAAAAGUGGCCGGUUUUUUUCUAGCUGUCUCUUUUUCUUUUCCCCAAGAUGUUCUCUUUUGUUUCCUUUCCUGGGGCUGAUAUUUGAUAAAAAGGAGCUCAAGCUGUCUGCUGGGUUAGAACUCAGCUGCAACCAUGGCUGCACCGCCGAGUAGCCAGCUUCAAACUAUGUUGCAGGCGGCGGUGCAAUCUGUUCAAUGGACUUACAGCCUCUUUUGGCAACUCUGUCCACAGCAAGGGAUCUUAGUAUGGGCGGACGGGUACUACAAUGGAGCAAUUAAGACUCGGAAGACGGUGCAACCCAUGGAGGUUAGUUCCGAGGAGGCAUCCCUUCAGAGAAGCCAGCAGCUUAGAGAGCUCUACGAUUCUUUAUCCGCCGGAGAGACAAACCAGCCGGCACGGCGGCCUUGUGCAGCCUUAUCUCCGGAGGACUUGACCGAGUCGGAGUGGUUCUAUUUAAUGUGCGUCUCUUUCUCUUUUCCGCCUGGGGUGGGGUUACCAGGAAAGGCAUAUGCAAGGCGGCAGCAUGUUUGGCUCACCGGUGCAAAUGAUGUUGACAGCAAAACUUUUUCUAGAGCCAUUCUAGCCAAGAGUGCUCGUGUUCAGACUGUAGUUUGCAUUCCCAUGAUGGACGGCGUAGUGGAAUUUGGGACCAUCGAUAAGGUGCAAGAAGACCUUGGGUUUAUCCAACGUGUGAAGAGCUUCUUCACCGACCACCCCCACCAACCUCUCCCCCCAAAGCCAGCUCUCUCCGAGCACUCCACUUCCAAUCCCGCCACUUCUUCUGACCAUCCCCACUUCCACUACUCUCCUCUUUCUGUCCCUCCCAUCUACCCGUCCAUCUCCGACCAACCUCCGGUCAACGCCAGCCUACAAGAAUUAUUAGUACAUCCGGAAGAUCAGGAUUUGGAAGAUCAAGAGGAGGAGGACGACGAAGACGACGAGAUUGACGACGGUGAAUCCGACUCAGAAGCCGAAACGGGACGUAACAACCGACCCAUUAUAUCGGCCUCCAACGUCCUUCGAGGGAUGGCAACCACCACCUCAGCCGCAACUGCCGAACCCAGCGAGCUCGUGCAGCUCGAGAUGUCUGAGGACAUCCGCCUCGGUUCCCCCGAAGAUGGGUCCAAUAAUUUGGACUCGGAUUUUCACAUGCUUGCCGUGAGCCAAUCGGUCAAUCCUACGAACCACAACCAGCGCCACGCCGACUCGUAUCGAGCCAAUUCAAGUACUCGAAGAAUAUGGCCGUUGGGCAGUGGAAUCCAACCCCUGCAUUCAGGAGCCCCUGCAAUAUUGGACGACUUGGCACAAGAGGACACCCACUAUUCCCAGACAGUCUCCACAGUCCUUCAAACGCAGCCCAUCUUUUGGGCUGCCACCGAGUCUUCCUCCAUCAGCUACAUUCCCUGCUCCACCCAUUCAGCAUUUGCCAAGUGGACGAACCGCACCGACCACCAUUUUCACACCCCACCGGAGGGAACCUCCCAAUGGCUCCUCAAGUACAUUCUCUUUAGCAUUCCUGUCCUCCACAACAAAUAUCAUGAAGAAAAUUCUCCUAAACUUCGAGACGGCGCCGAUGCCACCACUCGUUUCAAAAAGGGAACCCCUCAAGAAGAGCUCAGUGCCAACCACGUCCUCGCCGAGCGCCGCCGUCGAGAAAAGCUUAACGAGAGGUUCAUUAUACUCAGAUCACUCGUGCCUUUCGUGACCAAAAUGGACAAGGCCUCCAUAUUAGGUGACACCAUCGAGUACCUAAAACAACUACGUGAGAAAAUUCAAGAUUUGGAGGCACGUAACCGGCAAAUGGAAGUCGAUCAUCAACGAUCGAGAUUGGGAGACUUUCAUAGGUCUAAUAGCUUAGGGGACCUACAGAAAUCUAGUUCUUUGAAGGAGCAACGGAGUGGAGGAGCAAUGUUGAUGGAUCGAGCCGGGAUGGAAACUGACCAGAUUCGAGUUGGUCAAUCCGGGCAAGAUAAGAGGAAGUUGAGGAUUGUGGAGGAGAGCAAUGGUGGUGUAAAACCCAAGACGGUCGUGGAGUCGCCGCCGCCACUAUCCCCAACAUCAAUGGAGACCAGCAUAGAGGUGUCAAUCAUAGAGAGUGACGCGUUGUUGGAGAUCCAAUGCUCGUACAAGGAAGGGUUGUUACUUGACAUCAUGCAACUGCUCCGAGAGCUCCGGAUUGAGACCACGACGGUUCAAUCUUCAUUAACCAAUGGAUUCUUUGUAGCUGAAUUGAGAGCCAAGGUGAUCAAGGAGAAUGUAAAUGGGAGGAAAGCAAGAAUUAUGGAGGUGAAGAGGGCAAUAAAUCAAAUCAUCCCCCACACAGACUGAUCUUAAGAUCAUCAUAAUUGCAUAUUAAUAAAAUAUAUCAUGAGUUCAUGUGGGGAUUAAUCCUUGACUUAGUCAUCGAUAAAAGUAGCUGUGUAAAGUUAAUUAUUAAUUGUAGUAUCUUAAUUUCUAUGAUCGACGUACGUACGUUGAGAUUUAAGAAGAA